AUGGAGGACGAAGAGAGUGAUGAGAAAGACAAGGUGACUUUUACUGUGUGUGCUGUUCUUCCAGCAGCAGGUAGCGGCACGAGAAUGCGUAUGGAGACUCCUAAACAGUUUUGUGAGAUCCUAGAUCGGCCAUUGAUAAGUUACACUAUUGAGGCAUUUGAAAGAGUUAGAUGGAUGAAAGAAAUAGUGGUACCCGUGGCAGAAGAUACCUUGGAACAUAUGCAACAAAUUUUAAAGAAUUUCAAUCAUACCAAAGUAAGACUGACUCUUGGAGGAAACACUAGACAUAAAUCAAUUUUCAGUGGAGUUAAAGAAUUAGCAAACCACAAGAAGCCACCAGAUAUUGUCAUCAUUCAUGAUGCUGUUAGGCCAUUUGUUAGUGAAGACAUCUUGAGAAAAGUAGCUUUGGCAGCCAAUAAUCAUGGGGCUGCUGGUGUCACCCGUCCACUAGUUUCGACAGUCAUUGCCUGUAAUGAGGAAGGCUUUCUUGAUCACUCACUUGAAAGAUCCACGUAUCGCAACAGUGAAAUGCCCCAAGCAUUUAAGUUUGAUGUCAUUUUUGGUGCAUAUCAAAAGUGUACAGAGUAUGACUUUGAGCAUGGUACAGAGUGCCUACAUCUUGCACUAACAUAUUCUAAUACAAGAGCAAAGCUGGUAGAGGGAACAGACUCACUGUGGAAGGUUACUCACAAAAGAGAUUUGUUUGCUGCAGAAGCUACUUUAAAAGAAUUAAGAAGAUUAAAAGCAUUAGUAAUCAGUGACCAGCAAGGUCCAGUUGAAGAACAGCUUAUAUCAAAACUUCGAAAACAAAAUGUUGAUGUACAGUUUUCUUCAUCAAGUGACUUAUCAAAUAUACCCAAGGCAGCAUUAUGUUCAGUAGAUGUGGUGUGUAAAAUCAUAAGGCACACAUGCCUCUCCAGAGUUAGUGGAACAGCAGAAGAGGAAAGACCAAGUCUUAUUUUGGAUCUGUCACCUUCCAUAGAAGCACUGGAAGUAUUUGACAACUCUGCACACCAGAGAAAAUCAAUUUUAACUUUAGUAAUUUCCCAUGAACAGAAUGGAUUGGAUGAUUUAAAGAAACAUAUGGUUGAAUUGAACUCAAGAGCAAGGUCAAAAGGAAUAACCUGUUUUGGUAUUUAUGUAGAUACUGCAAAGUGUAAUAAAGAGGACCAUUGGCCAAUUGAAGAUUGUAAAAAUCUGGCAGAGAUGACAUCUGAAAUUGCUUUAAAUACAAGUUCUUUGUUGAGUGGACAGGUCUUUGAAUACCUUUAUAAUUGAAAAUACUAUGUUAACUGGUUUUUGGCAAUCAACUAUUCCAAAUACAGUAUACAGUGUAAAUAAUAGCAGCUAAU